AUGGCGAAGGAGUACCAGGAUCCGGCAGAUUCCCCCCUGCCCAGUGUGGAAUACGAGAUGGCAUACACCUACCCGCCGCCCCCUGAGGACGAACUGAGUCACCGGCGGCAGCACCUGCUCGGGCCCGUGGUCGAGGGCGAGGCAGAGGCCGGGGACGCGAUCAGGCUCGGGGCAGAGCUCGCGGCGGACGAGCACGAGCGCGAGGACGAGGAGGCCGACGUGGUGUACCGACAGUAG